AUGCAACCCCCAUACCCUAAGUGGUAUGACCCAAACGCCCAAUGCAAGUAUCACGCGGGGACCAAUGGGCAUUCGAUUGAAAACUGCAUUGCAUUCAAGAAGUUAGUUGAAAAACUUAUCAAUUUGGGGAUUGUAAAGAUUGGUGACUCAUCAGGACCAAAUGUAGUAGAGAAUCCGUUGCCCAAUCAUGACAAUAAAGGGGUGAACGCGAUAAUUGAGAACGGAAGAAAGAGAGUCAAAGCCAACGUAGCCGAGAUAAGGACUCCCCUUGAAUGGGUUUGGAAACAAAUGGUGAAAAGAGGUCUCACCAAGCAAAAUUCAAUAGAAAGGUCUGAAGGAGCAAUGAAGUUUUGUGAGUUCCACGCAAAAGAAGGCCAUGACACCCAAAAGUGUACCGAAUUCAGAACUAUGGUGCAAAGCUUAAUGGAUAGCAAAGAGUUAGAGUUUUAUGAAGAGAUUGAUGGACUAGAAGAAGGAGAGGUUUAUGCUACAGAAGAAGGAUCUACGGGGAAAGCCCAAAAAGCUAAUUACCCGGUGGUAAUUAUUUCAAAACCAAUGAACAAAGAAUCUGGAAUACAAAUAGCACCAAAUGUCAUAAUCCAAAAACCUGUAUCAUUUCCCUACAAGGAUAGCAAAAAGAUUCCUUGGAAUUACAACUGCAACGUAACAAUCCCAGGAGAAGAGAGCUUGGUAAAUGCUUCAGGAGAGGAUGAAGGAUUCUAUACACGAAGUGGAAAACGCUAUGAUCCGGCAAACGCAAGAGUGGAAUCUGGAAAAGGAAAAGCCUUAGCGGUUGAAUUGGGAAAAGCAAAGACAGACAAAAUUGAGACGCGUAUCAAUCAGCCGGUAACUGAAAAUGAGGCUAAUGAAUUUCUAAAAUUCUUAAAACAUAGCGAGUACAGUGUGGUAGAACAAUUACAUAAGCAACCGACUCGUAUCUCGAUGCUUGAAUUGCUCCUAAGUUCAGAGAUACAUCGUAAUGCGCUGAUUAAGGUGCUAAAUGAAACUUACGUCGCUGAUGAUAUCUCAGUGAAUAAGUUGGACCGUUUGGUUAAUAAUAUCAGUGCCGACAAUUUCAUUUUCUUUAAUGAUGAUGAAAUACCGCCCGGGGGAAGAGGAGCCACCAAAGCCUUACAUGUUUCUACUUACUGCGGGAAACAUAUGUUGUCAAGAGUGCUAAUUGAUAAUGGAUCAGCCUUGAAUGUUUUACCCCUAUCCACCUUAAAUAGAGUACCGGUGGACAGCUCUCACAUGAAAUCAUGCCAGAACAUAGUGAGAGCAUUUGAUGGUACCGAAAGAAAGGUGAUGGGAAGAAUAGAAGUACCUCUCUUGAUUGGCCCAAAUACGUACGAAGUGGAUUUCUUAGUGAUGGAUAUUAAGCCUUCGUAUAAUUGCUUACUGGGGAGACCAUGGAUUCAUUCAGCAGGGGUGGUGCCUUCAUCAUUGCACCAGAAGUUGAAAUUAGUGACAGAAGGCCGGUUAAUUACGAUUGACGCUGAGGAAGACAUCAUUGCAUCGGUAACCAGUGACGCACCAUAUUUGGGAGUGGAUGAUGAUGCGGUCGAAUGUUCUUUUCGAUCCUUAGAGUUCGUAAAUGCAACUUUUGUCACUGAGGGAAAGAAAAUCCCAAUGCCCAGCAUAUCUAAAGCCACAAGGAUGGGACUACAAAUGACAGUUGGGAAAGGAGCUGUGCCUGGAAGAGGACUGGGAAGAUGCCUUCAAGGAAGGAUAGAGGCACCAGUGGUGAAAGACAAACAAGACCGUUUUGGUUUAGGAUUUAAACCAAAUGUCAAGCAGAGAAGGAAAGGGUUAGAGAAAAGACAAGAUAGGAGGAAGGUGUGUUUGAACGGAAAAGAAGUUGAUUGGGAACCUAUGGCUUUCCCCCACAUAUCCCAGACAUUCAUAUCGGGAGGAACCAUGUAUUCUGGACUGAGGACUCCAAGAAAGAAGACCGCAGAGGAAAUGUUAGGAAACUUAAGCAUCAAUGCCAUAUUUGAAGAAGAAUCUGAAGAAUGA